AUGAGGAGGCCCGUCUCCAGUUUGGGUUUGGGCUCCAGUUUGAAGGAACUGGUGAGAGCUGGUUUCCAGUUCACCACAGACCUGCAGGACCUGAACCCGGAACACCUGAGCGCAGAGGCUGGAGUGUCCCAGCAGGAGGCGCUGGAGGCGCUGCAGGCUGCCAGCGCGGGGCGGGCGGUCCCCGUGACGGCGCUGGAGCUCCUGCAGAGGGAGGAGGAGUUCAGGAGCAUCGUGACGUUCUGCUCCCGGCUGGACGAGGCGCUCGGGGGAGGAGUUCCUGUCGGGAAAGUGACGGAGAUCUGCGGAGCUCCAGGAGUUGGGAAAACACAGCUGUGCCUGCAGCUGGCCGUGGACGUCCAGGUGCCGGCGGUGUUCGGCGGUCUCGGGGGUCAGGUUCUGUUCGUGGACACGGAGGGCGGGUUCCGGGUCCAGAGGCUGGUGGACCUGGCCGGCGCCGCCGUGCGCCGCUUCUCGCUGCUGGCUGAGGAUGAGGAGCAGCGUGUUGCCAUGGCGACCUUCACCGUGGAGACCAUCCUGUCAAACGUCUUCCUGGUGCGUUGCCGUGACUACGUGGAGCUGCUGGCCGAGCUGCGUCUGCUGCCCGACUUCCUGUCGGACCGGCCGAGGCUCCGCCUCCUCGUCGUGGACAGCGUGGCGUUCCCGUUCUUGCGUCUCCAUGACGAUCUGUCCCGGAGGACACGCCUCCUCCAGGGCGUCGGCCUGCGGCUUAUCGCCGCGGCGACGGGCCACAACAUCGCCGUGGUGACCACCAACCACACCACCACGAGGCUGCGCGGCGGCCGGGCGCGGCCGGCGCCGGCGCUCGGCGACAUCUGGGGCCACGCCCCCUCCGUCAGGCUCCUCCUCCGGUGGGAGGAGUCACGGCGCAUGGCCUCCAUCGUCAUCCCGGGUCACAUGGACUCCAGCGUCCAAUACCAGAUCACCUGCCAGGGCUUCAGGGACGCGGACCAAUCAGAACAGCCGCAGAGCAAAAGGCCUCGAACUCAGACCGACCAAUCGGCUUCCAGCAGGAAAAACACUGUAACAUGAUUAAAGCCAAUCGGAGAUGAGAGCCUGAAGUUCAGUCUGCACUUCUGCUCUCUGCUGGCUUCUCAUUGGCUGAGAGGAACUCACAGGUGCUCCUGUGCAGGUGUGUUUGCUGCUUUUACCUGCGCUGCUCUAGUUAAGCCCCGCCCCCAGCGUGAUGUCACUCAGGUGAGGCUGCAGCAAAUCCAGACAAAGAAACUUUAACCAGAUCCUGGAGCUGCAGGCGUCCAGGUGUGUCCAGCUGCUCCUCCUGGCCUCCAUCACCUGUCUGUCACCUUGGAAACUGAG